GAGGUUUCACUUGCUGAGAGACACAUUGCGAUUCUCAGCCUGAGAUUACCAUGAAUUUUCAAUAUAAUUACUCCAACUACACCCGAGAUGGCUUCCACCAGGAUCAAGGUGUACAACACAUCCUUACCACCCAGGCAGGAGGCACCUAUUUCCAUGGUGUGGCCCCUACUACUGGCUCUGUAUUCAUCAAUCAGCCUGUGAUUUGGCCUGAGUACCAUGGAUAUCGGCCCCAGCAAAACCAUGGGCUGCUUGGCAACUCCACUGCUCUGCCGCAGUUCCUGCCUGUCACCGAGAUCCCAGUCUUCCACCCUAUCCCUCUUCAGGGAUACCAAGGGACGACCCUCCAGGAUGGAGCUGUAGCCUUCAAUCCCCAGCUACAAGGCCCUGUCAUGUUUGUGGAUGCUAUGGGCCAACAGCACGGCACCUCUGUGACCUUCCAUCCACAGCUGCAAGCGCCCCUUGUGGCCAUGGGUGGAGCUGGCCCACAGUAUGGUGUCCCUGUUCCCUACGCUCCACACGUGCAGGCCCCCGUCAUGUAUGUGGAUGCCAACGGGCAACAGCAUGGCACAACUGUGCCUAUCAACCCACAGCUGCAGGCCCCUAUCAUGUAUGUGGAUGCCAACGGGCAACAGCAUGGCACAACUGUGCCUAUCAACCCACAGCUGCAGGCCCCCAUCAUGUAUGUGGAUGCCAACGGGCAACAGCAUGGCACAACUGUGCCUAUCAACCCACAGCUGCAGGCCCCUAUCAUGUAUGUGGAUGCCAACGGGCAACAGCAUGGCACAACUGUGCCUAUCAACCCACAGCUGCAGGCCCCUAUCAUGUAUGUGGAUGCCAACGGGCAACAGCAUGGCACUGCUGUGCCUUUUGACCCACAGCUGCAGGCCCCCUUCACGUUGGUGGAUGGUAGAGGCCUACCUCACGGCACCUUUAUUCCCUCUGAUCCGCAUACACAAGCACCCUUGUUGGUGCUGGAUGCCAACGGGCAACAGCAUGGCACCACUGUACCUUUCGACCCACAGCUGCAGGCACCCUUCGUGUUGGUGGACAGUGGAGGCCUACCUCACGGCACCUCUCUACAAGCACCCUUGAUGCUGAUAGAUGCCACAGGCCUACAGCAUGGCACCGCUGUGCCUCUCAACCCAGUGCCAACACCAAGCGAACCAGUUCAGCUUUUCGACAACCCAGUCGAGGCAGGAAAGGCAGACACGAACCUGCCCAAGAAGCCUAAGAGCAGUCUCCCUGAGAAUGCUGACAGGCCCAAAGACAAGAAGAGAAAGCACAAGCAUGACAAGGGUGAGAAAGAGAGGAAGGAGAAACGGCGCAAGAAAGAGACAAGCUCGACUGAGAAAACAACCAAGUCUGGAGAGGAGGGGUCAGAAACCGACAAGAAAGCAGGUGGUUUAAAGGCACCUAAAGAUGAAUCAAAGGCUAAGCACAAGGACUCCUCUAACAAGUCCAAGAGCAAGAAGGCCAAAGAGAUGCAGCCUGCCAUCAUUUUGCAACCCAGAAGCAAACUCGGAGAGCGCAUCAUGCACUCUGUACAAGUCUUCCAUAAGCUCGGAGACAAGAUAGAGAAAGUCAGGCCCCCAAAACCAACCCCAGAGGAGGCUGCCAAAACAUCUCGGUCUGAGCGUCCCAGCUCAUCUGGUGGGCAGAGAGGGCAGCCUAAGAUCCCCUACCCAGUCCAGCCUUACAGAAUCCCUAAGAGGCCAAGUAACAUGCCAGAGCGCCCAGGACCAAGCAAUGUGCCGGACCGUCCAGGACCAAGCAAUGUGUCGAACUGUGCACCUGUGCGCUCUGACGCUGACCAGCCACGCCGCCCAGAACACAGUCAAAGCAGGCCUCCUGCACCCGCACCUGAGACAAGGGCCCAGAGGCCCACAGCACCUGCCCACCCCAGACAUCCCUACGUGGUGCCCCAUUUCUUCAAGAACCACGCCCAUGGCAGUGUGGGCGACUACGGGGACGGAGAGAGGAUCAUGUACCUGAAGCCGGAGCACCCUGGCAUGUUCCCCCUCCCCCUCGUCAACUUGGCGCCACUGCCCCCCGGUGCGCCCCGCCGUUUCCACUGCCGGGAGUACUCCGCCACCAUCACCGCCGAGCGCCGCGCCGAGAGAGAGGCCAUGAAGCGCGAGGCCAAGCGGCAGAGGGACGAGGCCGCCAAGAUCACACGCAACGGCAUGGACUGCAGCGUGCUGGCUGACCAAAUGCACCUGCCACGUGAGCCGUGGCCGAGGAAGGACAACUGGUUGGAGACCGAACUGGACGAAGUGUGGAAUUUGGAUGAGUGUAUGCUGGGCCCCAGGGAUGACUUGAUGCUCGACUGA